CCUCCUCAGUGUGUCCACAUCCACGUCCACAAUCAUCCCGCCCCUGAGUCCACACACACUCGCACUCGCACUCACACUCACACACAGGCUGCUGCUGCUGCUGGCUAGCGAUGCCGAACUGAGUCCUAAUCCUGAAUCUGUGACAAAACAAUAUAUAAUAAUCUACUGGAAUAAGCGCCGUCGACGGUGAUUUAUUGUCCCGGUCUGAGAGACUGUUAGCUUCAAGCUAACUCAGCGCUGAGGAAAGUUUGCGCGAGGACCACCUUCAGUGCGCGCACGCGCGCGUGUACGUGUGUGUGUGUGUUUUUUCUCCUCUAAAUCAAAUUUCACACGGAAAGUUCGGGAAUGUCUCUGUCGGUACCGCAGAACGGACAGGGCGAUAACGAGCCCGCUAUCGAGCUUUUUGUCAAGGCUGGCAGUGAUGGAGAGAGCAUAGGGAACUGUCCCUUCUCCCAGCGCCUCUUCAUGAUCCUCUGGCUGAAGGGAGUGGUAUUUAAUGUCACCACCGUCGACCUGAAAAGGAAACCAGCAGAUCUUCAGAAUCUGGCUCCAGGAACACACCCUCCUUUCAUCACGUUCAACAGUGAAGUCAAGACUGAUGUUAACAAGAUUGAGGAGUUCUUGGAAGAUGUGCUCAGUCCACCCAAGUACACUAAGCUCGGUGCCAGGCACCCUGAGUCCAACACAGCAGGGAUGGACAUCUUUGCCAAGUUCUCAGCCUACAUCAAGAACUCCAAACCGGAUGCCAACGAGGCUCUGGAGCGAGGUCUGUUAAAGACGCUGCAGAAGUUGGAUGAAUACCUGCGCUGUCCGUUGCCUGAUGAGAUCGACCACAACAGCGUGGAGGACAUUAAAGUGUCCACACGCAAAUUUCUGGAUGGAGACGAGAUGACGCUGGCCGACUGCAACCUGCUUCCAAAACUACACAUCGUCAAGGUGGUGGCAAAAAAGUACAGAGGUUUUGAGAUACCUAAAGACAUGACGGCCGUGUGGAAGUACCUGAGCAACGCGUACUCCCGUGACGAGUUCACCAACACCUGCCCCAGUGACAAGGAGAUUGAGAUCGCCUACGCCGACGUGGCCAAGAGGCUCGUCAAAUAAACAGCCUCCAAACACCCCCCCCCCCCAAACCCCUCCCCAACACUGGGUCAUCUUUAAUUUUACACAGAAAAAAAACAAGUACAGACUCUCUUUUUUUCUGAUUCUUUAGAGUAUAAUAAUCCAGUGCAUGACAUAUUAUAUAUAUAUAUAUAUUUUUUUUCUUCUUCCUAAUUCACUACAUUUGAAGGGUAAAUCUGUCCGAUCCUAUUUAACCUUUUUAUUUUUUAAUCACACGAGAAGUGCAAGUGUUAAUUUAACAAGUGUGUAUCGGUACAGCUCAAUAUAGCUCACACAUGCGCACACACUCCUCUUCCUUUAGCAGCACAAGAGUGUGUAUUCACCGACCUUUUAUGAUUCGGAUGAAGGAGAGCUGCUUUUCUAAGCUUGCACAGCGAGCAUCUUUGAAGCUUUUUUUUCUGACAAAUUCACAGCUAAACAGUGUUGGAAGCUCCAGUGUUUGUUCUUUUCUUAGUUUUUGAGAGCGCUUCAUCAGGCACCGACUGAUCAUCAGGCUCCGAAAUGAAGGUAGACCUUUAAAAUUAAAAUAAAAAAAAAAUCUGUUCGUUUCAUUUUUUUUUUUUUACAGAUAUUAUUAUUAUUUAAACUCAGCCCACUUUUUUUUUUCUUUUUAAAACCACCACACUAAAGGUGAAGCUGGACAGCCAUUAAUUUUUGUAUUAAUUUCAGCUGUGCUUGAUUGUACUUUAAUCUUAGAUUUAAGAGGGAAAAAAAGUUUGUUAGGUUAAAAAAAAAAAAAAAAAAAAAAAAAAAAGGUAGUAAAGUGUGUUGAUUAUGUGGACAGGGGUGCCAAAACUUGUACUGGUGGUAUGAAGGCGAUAAGAAAUCAACAGGCGAACUUGGGACACUGAUUAAUGUAAAAAUGUUUCAACAUACAAAUGUUUUUAUUUUUUAUGACCAGACUAAAGACAUUUCAGUUCUCACUUCAGUUCUUUUUCUUUUUUCUUCUCCUUAAAAAAAACAAAAAACCUUUGAAUGUAGCCGAAUGAACGCCUUAAUCAGGUGCAUGACUUUUAAUACGACACCUCGUCUGGCCUUAUAUUCUUACAGCGCAGCGGAUUUGUGUUUGUAUUAAACGACAAUAAAGACAAAAGUGGUGAAAAAUGCUGCAAAUCACGAUUGUACACUAUAGGUGUAUAUAUCUAUAGAUGGUCAUGUAUCAUUAUGAUGUUUUUUUAUUUUAGUUAUUAUAACUUCAUCUAGAAAAACAACUACAGCUUUAUCUUUUUUUCUAACAUUCAUUGGAUUUUGAUUGAAUUUUUUUUUUUUUUAAAUAAAAAGGUACAACUGUG